GUAUGACUCGCCAAGCCGUAUUGCAAACACGCAAACACCAGUUCGGCAUGAUUCGACCCAGAAACGAACUAGUACUGCGUCUACGAGACAUGCUCAGGUGCAACAUGAAGGACUACCCGUUACACGUCGUCAAAGAGAACGUACAACAAUUCACAGCCAGUCUCGGGUUCCAAAAGGCGAGCAAACUGCUCCCGAUCAUCGAUCAAAUGAUCUUGGAAGCUGACGCAGCCGGGAUGCUCAAGUAUUGGACCAACACU